GAACGCGCCGGAGCCAAUCAGGAGCGGAAGAGCCGUCCGAGGGGUUAAGGAGCCGGGCGGCCAGGUGAAGAAGUCCUGGAACUCGUGGCUUCGGGUCGCGGCAGAAUCUGGCCGGCCGGACGGCGCGACCCAGCCAGAGCACUGCAAGGUUCUCUGUGAAGGAGGAAGCAUGAUCACCUUCAUGAACAACUCAGACAGCGAGGAGGAACCCUGCAACGAGAGAACGUCCUUGAUGUCGGCUGAGAGCCCCCUUCUGCCUUCUUACCAAGAUGACACACAAACACCAGAAGCGGGAGAAACACUCACGCACAGGAAAGGGCGCCCUGGCAGCAGCGGGAGCUCCAACAAAACGGCUGAUGGAAACACGGCCGACACGGAAAGAAUAGCCAGAGUGCUUGCUGCCGUGGAUAGCGAGGAGGAAGAGCUGACCUUGAAAUAUGGAGCGAAACAUGUGAUCAUGCUGUUUGUGCCUGUCACGUUGUGCAUGGUUGUGGUCGUUGCAACCAUAAAGUCGGUGCGGUUUUACACCGAGAAGAAUGGACAGCUGAUUUAUACCCCAUUUACGGAAGACACGCCCAAUGUGGGCCAGCGUCUCUUGAACUCUGUGCUGAAUACCAUAAUCAUGAUCAGUGUCAUAGUAGUAAUGACGAUCUUCUUGGUUCUGUUAUACAAGUACCGUUGUUACAAGUUCAUUCAUGGCUGGCUCAUUCUCUCAUCUCUGAUGCUGCUGUUCCUUUUCACCUACAUCUACCUUGGUGAAGUGCUAAAGACCUACAAUGUGGCCAUGGAUUAUCCCACCCUGUUCUUCUUCAUUUGGAAUUUUGGAGCUGUUGGGAUGAUUUGCAUCCAUUGGAAGGGGCCCUUGCACCUCCAGCAAGCCUAUCUCAUCAUGAUCAGUGCCUUGAUGGCUUUAGUCUUCAUUAAGUAUCUGCCUGAGUGGUCAGCCUGGGUCAUUCUGGGAGGCAUAUCGGUUUACGACUUGGUGGCUGUCUUGUGCCCAAAGGGGCCGCUCAGGAUGUUAGUGGAAACAGCGCAAGAGAGAAAUGAGCCCAUAUUUCCGGCACUUAUUUAUUCGUCUACUAUGAUGUGGACUGUGGGAAUGGCAAAACAAGACAAUGCACGAAGGAGGUCUUCUGAAGAGACAUGGGAUCAAGCAGAAGGAGCACAGAACCAUGAUGAUGGUUGUUACACUGAGCCAGCCGUUCCUGACAUGAGAAAUUCAAGAACAGACCAUCCAAUCGAUCCUCCCUUAGAGGAAGAGGAAAGAGGCGUCAAACUGGGCCUUGGGGACUUCAUAUUCUACAGUGUACUUGUGGGCAAAGCAGCCGCCACUGCUAGCGGUGACUGGAAUACAACUCUGGCUUGUUUCGUAGCCAUCCUCAUAGGCCUGUGUUUAACUCUUUUGCUGCUGGCAGUAUUCAAGAAAGCGUUACCUGCCCUUCCCAUCUCCAUCACCUUUGGCUUGAUCUUCUACUUCUCAACAGAUUACCUUGUGCAGCCUUUCAUGGACACCCUUGCAGCCCACCAGCUAUAUAUUUGAAAAAAGCAAACAAAGCAGUGGUGAUCUUCUCUGGAGUCUUUGCUGUGCAACAGGACAUUUUCCAAUAGAUAUGGUUUUUACACUUAGUGCCAUAUAUUUUUCAGGAAUCCCAGUAACAACACGUGUGCGAGUCUCUCCUGAGACUCAGUAGCCAGGUCCUUCGGUUUCUGAUGUGAACAAUUUGACUGGGAGCAGGACGCAUGCAGCCUGAUCCUACCUGUGUUUACUACUGAUCUCAGUUGGACUUGCUCCCAAGUCAGCUUGCAUAGCAUCACAGUCCCGAUAACCCUGAGACGCCUGGCCUCCUGCUUUAGUUUAGCGUGUAAAUGAAUGUGAAAAUGCAUUGGUUAUAUUAGCCCAAGGUGAAACAAAAUUCCUCUCCCAGGAGGUGAGCAGAUGAUGAAUGUGAGAUUCCAGUGCGCCAGAGAUGUUGCAAUCGUAGCGAAGAAUAAUCAUGGUUUCGAUGUACUGCUGCACCAGCAUGCUUUCACUGGUGUAACAGGGCCUCUUGUUUCCUCUACCCCCACCAGGUAUCUCCAAAAUCUGCGCCAGCCCUCCACAGCUGAUUUUGAGGGUGAGCUGGGGUGGUCUGGAUGGAACAGGAAGUUCAGUUUCAUAAGCCCCAUGCCCCUACAGAGCUGCAGCCCCAUAAUAAUAGUACAGUAUGCUUUAAAAAAAUACUACAAAGCAUCUAAAUGGAAUAAAUGAGAGGGUAUUUUUUUCUAAAAGGGUAUUGGUUAUAUUAGCCCACGGUGAGAAAAAUAAUUCAUCGGCUAGGAAGUGAGUAGUUGGUGAAUUUAAGAUUCCUGUUUACACUACUAAUUUGCAAAAAAAAAAGAAAAAGAAUAAUUAUAAUGGUGGUAGUUGUGCAGCACACUUUUUUUUUAUAAGUCUGUGAAAAUGAUCCUUUAAAAUAGGCAUACAGCUAAAGUGCAGGGGUUGUGUGGAGGCAAAACUGCACAUGAUUAAUAUGUAGCAGGUUUUCAAAUCUCUGUUUUUUCUUCAAGUGCAGCCGUGGGGGUUGGAGGCCCAACUAGAAUUGUGAGAGAGGGAAGGUUUAUCCUUUCCCUCCCAAGCCAUUAUCAUGACAAAAUUCAAGGGCUCCAUAAGGCUUAAGAAAAUAAUCCCAUUGGCACCAAUGGGACCUCCUCUUCCUCCUCCUGUUUUAUGCUAACCCUCCCAGCUGUGCCAGGGUUGUUUCAUGGAUUUGUUAGCAAAAACAUAUGUGCCGCUUUAUUGUAAUAAAAGCUCUGAGUGGUUUACAGGAAAUAUUAAGAUGACCAGUGGAAAGCAUUUAGAAAUAAUUAAGACGAACUGUAAAAAGAGAUUAAAACAAAUCAACAUCUACAUGUUGAGAUAGACUUGCCUAAACAAAAGAAGUUUUAAGCAUGAAAAAGAGUGCAGCAAAUGCACCUGCCUGAUGUCAACAGGCAGGGAGUUCCAAAGUUGUUGUGUGAUACUCAAAUAGCAGUUUUUUUACAGCUGUGAUGACUGUAGCAGUGCAGAGUCCAUAGAGUGAAGUGGUCGAAUGGGCACAUACAGGGUGAAGUGAUUGUAUUAGUAAACUGGCCCCAAGCCAUUAAGGGCUUCAUAUACCAGUAGUUAGACCUUGAACUUGGCCUGGUGAAAAGGCCCUCCCCAGCAGUGACUUUUUCAGGAAAGUCAUUGCUGGGGAGGGAAAGGAGAAAUCUAAUAGCCCCACUUCUCAUGCUACCACCCCAAUAAUUGUUGGGACUCCCACACACCUGUCACUAAAGAAAAGCCAGAGACUCCAUUCAGUGUAAUGUGUAGUUUAGCCCCAGGAAUGAAGCAAGGGCACAGGGCUUCUUCAGCUUUGCCACCAAAGCCCUUCCAAGGGAAGGAAGGAAGUAGACCUUCAAAUAUAACGACCUGCUUGCAUGGGAGUUUCCCCACACUCUGGAUUGUACACUGCAGGAAGUGCAGGAAGCAAGAAGCACAAUAGAUGUUUGGCCUGUCUUGCCCUCUUCUCAACUGAGCUGCCCGGGGAAUUGGUGCUGGCCGGGAUGGGGCUGCCACCCAGAUGUGCAGAGCACAUAAGUGUGGUCACACAGACACACACACACACACACACACAAAAUCAACAUCUUUGUAAGACCCAAUGGUUUUUGUAGCACUGGUCAAUGUGAGCAAGCGAAUCAAAAAUAAAAAUUGAGCUGUAGGGCCUUCAGUGGCAAUGGGGAGCCCGUGGCCCUCCAAAUAUUGUUGGGGUGCCAGCUCCCAUCAUUCCUAACCAUUGGCCAAGCUGGUUGGGGCUGAUAGGAACUAGGAGUCCAUUCAAUAUCUGGAGGGGACCACCAGUUCCCCAUACAGCAUACUUUUAGAGCCUCUAGCAGAGGGCCCAACUUUAAGUGGAGGCAAGUUGUAAAUAACAGGGGGGUUAGUUGCCCUGUUGUUUCCCUCGUACUUGAAUUGGCAAUCAGGCCAAAAAGCAGCCCACAUACAGCCUCUUGCUUUGCACUGUUCAGGAAUGAUUUGGGGAGAAGCCAUUGAUUGAGCCAACUUCUUUCGGCUGUGUGGGGUGUGUGUUAAAUGACUAACUUGGAAAUGCUAUGAAAAUAUUUAAUGUAAGAGUGAACUGUUUGGGGGAUAAUGUUUGUAUCAAAAUACAGGGAUGAGAUUUGAAUCUGGUGUGCACAUUAAUCUAAAUGAGAAACAGUUGGUGCUCAAAAUAUUCAAGACUUUUGCCCCGCAAAUAGUUUACUUCUAACUUGGACUUCCUCCCAGGGACAUUGGUUGUUUUAAGGUUUUGGUUUUUAUUUUAAAUCUGAUCUGCUUUGCUUCCAAAUAUCCCCUUCUAAGAACAACGCUACUUACGUGAUUUAUCUGCCUAAGC